GAGUAUUUAGAGUUUUGAACGUCUAAGUACUACAGUAGAUACUUAGGUGACACAGAAGACUCGUCCUGUUCGUGUUUAUUAGCGUCCAAGAAGUUGCGACGGGUUGAUUCCUUGUAAACUUUUUGAUCAGUCCGAUGAAACUGCAGGUACGCUAAAGAAGGACAGAAACAUGGAUGUUCGCACUGGUUUGAUCGUUGUGUUUUGCUUGACGGGACUUACCUGGGCGCAGCCGGUGAAAUACAUCGACUGCGGCUCCACUUCAGGCAAAGUGAUCAGUGUAGACAUCAACCCUUGUCCUUCUGAGCCAUGCCAGCUUCACAAAGGAGACUCCUACAGCGUCAAUGUCACAUUCAUUAGCAAUGUGGAUAGUGACAAGAGCACAGCUGUGGUUCACGGUAUUGUUGGAGGUGUCCCGCUCCCUUUCCCCAUCCCUGUGCCAGAUGGAUGCAGGUCUGGCAUCCAAUGUCCCAUCAAGAAGGGGCAAAACUAUAACUAUCAGGCCUUAUUACCAGUCAAGUCCGAAUAUCCUUCUAUAAAAUGUGUUGUGGAGUGGGAACUGAGAGAUGACAACAACAAAGACCUGUUCUGCAUCAAAUUCCCGGUUCAGAUUGUGAACUGAGCCAGCGUAACAAAAGAACCUCGGACAAACUUCUUUCCAAAAGGGAUUCAGCUUUGAGCAAAAUUUUAAAUAUCGCCAAUGAUUCUUGUUAGAUUUUUUCUUCAAAUUUUAUUUCUCUCUACUGAUUUCAUGGCUCACUGCACACACAUUAAAUCUGCCAAAAUGCCACACAUUUUGUGUUUAGUGCCUAAUGUUCAAUUUUAAGAGACAAGUGUUGAAAAUGAACAACAUUCCACCACUGUGCAAAUGUUUACCGACUGCUGUGUAGUCUAAAAACUGUUUCUUUACUAAUACUUUGUAAUAUUUCAUGCUGUCCUGCUACAUGAUCUGUUGCACUGGCUGCUGUAAGAAAAUAUGCAACCAAAGUGAUAGAGAUGUCUAACUGGAGUAAUAACUGCUUUCUAUUGUAGUUUGAACAAGUUUGCACCUUUUUUCAAAAUUUUUUAUGGCUUAUAGCUUAUGAAAACCCAUUUAGUUUCUCAGAAAUUUGGAUUUAUUAUAUAAGAUUGGUGAAAGUCUUAAUGUGGAUCCACACAAUCUACUCACUUAACAGCCAUUGAUGCCCUCCACAAGGAGGUUUAGUUUCUAAAGGUCCACUGUUAAAGAAGCUGGCUUUUCACAGUGUUGUGUUUAAGCACAUUAAUGGAAAGUUGAGUGGAAGGAAAAGCGCAGCUUUGAGAUUGUGACGAUUUGGGGACCUGGGCUUCCAUUACACCUCAGCAGUUCCACAGGCUGACUGCCUCCAUGCAAAUGCUGCAAUAGUGCAUGUAAAAGGAGCCCAGGUGAAGCAUUGAUUGUGUAUACUGUACAGAACAUGGACAUACUUCUCAAUAGGCUUGCAUUUCUGUCAAACGUUUCUUUUUUUGAUAUAUUCAAAUUUUCUUAUAAACUGAAUUCUGGUUCUUGAUUAGCUGUAAGCCACAAUAAUUGUAACUAAUAAAUGCUUCAAAACUA